UUGGAGGAAAUAUCUCACAAACCACAUGCAGCCUCCUUAUCUCGAUGCGGUUUCAGAUCUUGGACCUGGGGUUAGCCACCUGUGUCCUGUGUUACACGACCCUCCUUGGCUUCCUCAUGCUCACCUGUUCAUAUCCCGCCUCUGCCUUUCCUCCUCCAGGUGAACUAUGACCACUUUACUGCUGGUGUUGGUGACUCUGAGGGUCAUCGCCGCAACCACCUCCGUAGAAUAUUCAGGCCAUGACACCUUGCUGAGCGUGAGCAUCCCCCAGCCUUCCCCGCUGCGGGUCCUCCUCGGCAGCUCCGUCACCAUCCCCUGCUACUUCAUCGACCCCACGCACCCUGUGACUACCGCCCCGUCCACCGCGCCCCUCACCCCGAGAAUCAAGUGGAGCCGUAUUUCCAAGGAGAAGGAGGUGGUCCUGCUGGUGGCCACUGAGGGGCGCGUGCGGGUCAACAGUGCCUACCAGGACAAGGUCUCCCUGCCCAACUACCCGGCCAUCCCCAGCGAUGCCACCUUGGAGAUCCAGAACCUGCGUUCCAAUGACUCUGGGGUCUACCGCUGCGAGGUGAUACAUGGCAUCGAGGACAGCCAGGCCACCAUGGAGGUCGUGGUGAAAGGCGUUGUGUUCCAUUACAGAGCCAUCUCCACACGCUACACCCUGGACUUCGACAGGGCGCAGCGGGCCUGUCUGCAGAACAGCGCCAUCAUCGCCACCCCCGAGCAGCUGCAGGCCGCCUACGAGGAUGGCUUCCACCAGUGUGACGCUGGCUGGCUGGCUGACCAGACUGUCAGGUACCCCAUCCACACACCCCGGGAAGGCUGCUACGGAGACAAGGAUGAGUUUCCCGGGGUGAGAACCUACGGCAUCCGCGACACCAAUGAAACCUACGAUGUGUACUGCUUUGCUGAGGAGAUGGAGGGCGAGGUAUUCUACGCCACAUCCCCUGAGAAGUUCACCUUCCAGGAGGCAGCCAACGAGUGCCGGCGGCUGGGCGCCCGGCUGGCCACCACAGGCCAGCUCUACCUGGCCUGGCAGGGCGGCAUGGACGUGUGCAGUGCUGGCUGGCUGGCCGACCGCAGCGUGCGCUACCCCAUCUCUAAGGCCCGGCCCAACUGCGGGGGCAACCUCCUGGGCGUGAGAACCGUCUACCUGCAUGCCAACCAGACGGGCUACCCAGACCCUUCAUCUCGCUAUGACGCCAUCUGCUACACAGGUGAAGACUUCGUGGAUAUCCCAGAAGACAUCUUCGGGGUGGGUGGUGAGGAGGAAAUCACCAUCCAGACAGUUACCUGGCCUGAGGUGGAGCUGCCCUUGCCCCGAAACAUCACCGAGGGUGAAGCCCGGGGCAAUGUGAUCCUCACAGUGAGACCCAUCUACGGCGUCUCACCCACUGUCCUGGAGCCUGAGAAGCCCUUCACAUUAGCCUCCGCCUUCCCUGAGGCUGAGAACCAGACUGGAGAGGCCACUAGGCCCUGGGGAGUUCCUGAGGAAUCCACACCAGGCCUGGCUCCUAGUGCCUUCACCAGUGAGGACCUGGUUGUGCAGGUGACCAUCUCUCCAGGUGCAACCAAGGUCCCUGGGGAGCCCCUCUUGCCAGGGGGGGUCGUGUUCCACUACCGCCCGGGAUCCACUCGCUACUCCCUGACCUUUGAGGAGGCAAAGCAGGCCUGCCUGCGCACAGGUGCAGUCAUUGCCUCCCCAGAGCAGCUCCAGGCAGCCUACGAGGCCGGCUACGAGCAGUGUGAUGCUGGCUGGCUGCAGGACCAGACCGUCAGAUACCCCAUUGUCAGCCCACGGGCCCCAUGUGUGGGUGACAAGAACAGCAGCCCGGGGGUCAGGACCUACGGUGUGCGCCCAUCAACAGAAACCUAUGAUGUCUACUGCUACGUGGACAAGCUCGAGGGGGAGGUGUUCUUUGCCACGCGCCUCGAGCAGUUCACCUUCCAGGAAGCUCUGGAGUUCUGUGAAUCCCACAACGCCACGCUGGCCUCCACGGGCCAGCUCUAUGCCGCCUGGAGCCUCGGGCUGGACAAGUGUUACGCCGGCUGGCUGUCGGAUGGCAGCCUUCGCUACCCCAUCGUUAGUGCACGGCCUGCCUGCGGUGGGAAUAAGCCCGGUGUGAGGACUGUUUACCUCUACCCCAACCAGACUGGCCUCCCGGACCCACUAUCCCGGCACCAUGCCUUCUGUUUCCGAGGUGUUUCAGCGGUGCCCUCUCUGGAAGAAGAGGAGGGUAGCACACCCAUACCACCCUCUGGUGUGGAGGACUGGAUGGCUACCCAGGAAGUGCCUGGAGUGGCUGCUGUCCCCUUGGGGGAGGAGAUGACUGCAGUCCCAGGCUUCACCAUUGAGCCAGAAAACCAGACGGAAUGGGAAGCAGCCUACACCCCAGUGGGCACUUUCCCACUGCCAGGGAUCCCUCCUACAUGGCCUCCCACUAUCUCAGCAACGGAGGAAAUCACAGAAGGCCCUUCUGUAACUGAAGUACCCUCUGCCUCAGAGGAGCCUUCCCCAUCAGAAGAGCCAUUCACCUCAGAGAAACCGUUCCCCUCAGAGGAGCCAUUCACCUCAGAGAAACCAUUCCCCCCAGAGGAGCCAUUCACCUCAGAGAAACCAUCCCCCUCAGAGAAGCCAUCGCCCUCAGAGGAGCCUUUCACCUCAGAGGAACCAUCCACCUCAUUGGAGCCAUUUACCUUAGAGGAACUAUCCACCUUAGAGGAGCCAUACACACCUUCACCCUCAGUGCCUAGCUGGACUGAGCUGCUAGGCUAUGGGGAGGUAUCUGGGGUCCCUGAAGUCAGUGGUGACUUCACAGGCAGUGGAGAAGCUUCAGCAGGCUUUGAUUUCAGUGGGGAGCCCUCGGGAGAAAGUGCAAGUGGACUACCCUCUGGAGACCUUGAUUCCAGUGGUGAGACGUCAGCAGUGAGCUCAGGUCUGCCUACGGAAAGUGGACUGGCCUCAGGGGAUGAAGAGAGAAUUGAGUGGCCCAGCACUCCUGAGGUUGGCAAGCCACCCAUUGAAGACACGGGCAUAGAGGGCUCUGUUUCUGGAGUGGAAGAUCUCAGUGGACUUCCUUCUGGAGAAGAGGGUCCAGAGAUCUCUGUCUCUGGAGUAGAGGAGCUCAGUGGACUUCCUUCUGGAGAAGAGGGUCCAGAGGUCUCUGUCUCUGGAGCAGGGGACAUCAGUGGACUUCCUUCUGGAGAAGAGGGUCCAGAGGUCUCUGUCUCUGGAGUAGGGGAGCUCAGUGGACUUCCUUCUGGAGAAGAGGGUCCAGAGGUCUCUGUCUCUGGAGUAGGGGACAUCAGUGGACUUCCUUCUGGAGAAGAGGGUCCAGAGGUCUCCGUCUCUGGAGUAGGGGAGCUCAGUGGACUUCCUUCUGGAGAAGAGGGUCCAGAGGUCUCCGUCUCUGGAGUAGGGGACAUCAGUGGACUUCCUUCUGGAGAAGAGGGUCCAGAGGUCUCUGUCUCUGGAGUAGGGGACAUCAGUGGACUUCCUUCUGGAGAAGAGGGUCCAGAGGUCUCUGUCUCUGGAGUAGGGGAGCUCAGUGGACUUCCUUCUGGAGAAGAGGGUCCAGAGGUCUCCGUCUCUGGAGUAGGGGACAUCAGUGGACUUCCUUCUGGAGAAGAGGGCCCGGAGGUCUCUGUCUCUGGAGUAGGGGACAUCAGUGGACUUCCUUCUGGAGAAGAGGGUCCAGAAGUCUCCGUCUCUGGAGUAGGAGAGCUCAGUGGACUUCCUUCUGGAGAAGAGGGUCCAGAGGUCUCUGUCUCUGGAGUAGGGGAGCUCAGUGGACUUCCUUCUGGAGAAGAGGGUCCAGAGGUCUCUGUCUCUGGAGUAGGGGAGCUCAGUGGACUUCCUUCUGGAGAAGAGGGUCUGGAGGUUUCUGUCUCUGGAGUAGGGGACCUCAGUGGACUUCCUUCUGGAAGAGAGGGUCUAGAGACCUCUACUGCUGGAAUAGGAGACCUCAGUGGACUUCCUUCUGGAAAAGAAGGUCUAGAGACCUCUGCUUCCGGAGCUGAGGACCACAGUGCAUUGCCUUCUGGAGAAGAAGACUUGGAAGGGUCUGCUUCUGUACCCUUGGACUUUGGCAGACUGCCUUCUGGAACUCUAGGAAGUGGACAAGCUCCAGAAGCAAGUGGCCUUCCCUCUGGACUUAGUGGUGAAUAUUCUGGGGUGGAAAUUGGAAGUGGCAUAUCCUCUGGCCUACCUGACUUGAGUGGACUUCCAUCUGGGUUCCCAACUGUCUCCCUAGUGGACACUACAUUAGUAGAAGUGGUCACAGCCACCACUGCAGGGGAACUAGAAGGGAGAGGAACCAUUGGAAUAAGUGGUGUUGGAGAAACAUCUGGGCUGCCCUUCCAUGAGUUGGACAUUAGUGGUGGAACUAGUGGAGUACCUUCAGGAACUGAACCCAGCGGCCAGGCAUCUGUGUCUCCUGAUAUCAGCGGGGAAACAUCUGGACUCUUUGGCAUUGGUGGGCAGCCAUCAGGUUUUCCUGACAUCAGUGGGGAAACAUCUGGGCUUUUUGAGGUGAGUGGGCAGCCAUCUGGGCUUCCUGGCAUCAGUGGUGAAACAUCUGGAGUGACUGAGCUUAGCGGACUGUUUUCUGGACAACCAGAUGUCAGUGGAGUAGCAUCUGGAGUUGCUUAUGGCAGUGGACAACCAUUUGGCAUAACUGACCUAAGUGGAGAAAUAUCUGGGGUCCCUGAUCUCAGUGGGCAGCCAUCAGGGCUGCCAGGGUUUAGUGGGGCAACAUCUGGAAUCCCUGAUCUGGUGUCUGGUACCGUGAGCGGCAGUGGCGAAUCUUCUGGCAUUACAUUUGUGGACACCAGUUUGAUCGAAGUGACCCCUACUACAUUUAAAGAAGAAGAAGGCUUAGGGUCUGUGGAACUCAGUGGCCUUCCUUCCGGGGAGGCAGAUCUGUCAGGUACAUCUGGGAUGGUGGAUGUCAGUGGACAAUCUUCUGGAGUAGUGGACUCUAGUGGGUUUCCAUCCCAGGCUCCAGGAUUCAGUGGCCUGCCAAGUGGAACAGCUGAGAUCAGUGGCGAAUCCUCUGGAGUGGAGAUUGGAAGCAGCCUGCCCUCAGGGGCUCAUGAAGGCAGUGGACUUCCAUCCGGUUUCCCCACCAUCUCUCUUAUAGACAGAACUUUGGUGGAAUCUGUAACCCAGGCCCCAACCGCCCAAGAAGCAGGAGAAGGGGCCUCAGGCAUUUUGGAACUCAGUGGUGCCCAUUUUGGAGCACCAGACAUGUCUGGAGACCGUUCUGGGUUUUUGGACCUUAGUGGCCUGCAGUCGGGGCUGGUAGAGCCCAGUGGAGAACCUCCAACCACUCCGUAUUUUAGUGGGGACGUUUCCGGCACCGCUGAAGUAAGUGGCGAAUCCCCUGCAGCCACAGGCACCAGUGGGGAGGCCUCAGGACUUCCAGAAGUUACUGUAAUCACUUCUGAUUUUGUCGAGGGUGUCACUGAGCCAACUCUUUCCCAGGAACUCAGCCAGAGACUUCUUGCGACACCUUCUCAGCAUUUUGAGUCCAGUGGGGAAGCUUCUGCGUCUCGGGACGUUAGCGGAACUACACCAAGUUUCCUCGAGUCUGGGGUAGAAGCGUCAUCUGUCCCAGAAUCCCGCAGUGAGACAUCUGCCUACCCUGAGGCUGGGGUGGGGACGUCUGCUGCCCCUGAAGCCAGUGGAGAAGCUUCCAUGUCCCCUGAUCUGAGUGGAACCACGUCACCCUUCCAUGAAGCUGAUCUCGGGACAGCCUCAGUCCUGGGCGGGAAUGGCAGUACCUCUGCUUCCCACGAAGGCCCCAGAGAGGGCUUGGCAGCCCCGGAAGUGAGUGGCCAACCAACCGUUCCCUAUGAGGUGGGCACAGAUGCUUCGGGCUUGUCUUUGGCCACUCUCCUAACUUCUGGAGACAGAACUGAAACCAAUGGAGACCUGUCUGGUCACACCUUGGGGCUGGAUGUUGUCAUCAGCACCAGCACCCCAGAGGCUGAGUGGACCCAGCAGACCCAGCGCCCUGCAGAGGCACGUCUAGAAAUCGAGUCCUCAAGUCCCUUGCACUCAGGAGAAGAGACCCGAACAGCCGAAACAGCCAUCUACCCAACAGACGCUGCCGUCCCGGCCUCUCCAGAAGAGACAGGUGAAUCAAGGGCAACCUUUGAAUACCAGGAGGUAUGUGAGGAGGGCUGGACCAAGUUCCAGGGCCACUGUUACCGCCACUUCUCCGACCGCAAGACCUGGGUGGAUGCCGAGAGCCUGUGUCGGGAGCACCAGUCACACCUGAGCAGCAUCGUCACCCCCGAGGAGCAGGAGUUUGUCAACAACAAUGCUCAAGACUACCAGUGGAUCGGCCUGAACGACAGGACCAUUGAAGGGGACUUCCGCUGGUCAGAUGGACACCCAUUGCAAUUUGACAACUGGCGCCCCAACCAGCCGGACAACUUCUUUACUACCAAAGAAGACUGUGUGGUGAUGAUCUGGCAUGAGAAGGGCGAGUGGAAUGAUGUCCCCUGCAAUUACCUCCUGCCCUUCACGUGUAAAAAAGGCACAGUGGCCUGCGGAGAUCCCCCUGUGGUGGAGCAUGCCAGAACCUUUGGACAGAAGAAGGACCGGUAUGAAAUCAACUCCCUGGUCCGGUACCAGUGCACCGAGGGCUUUGUGCAGCGCCAUGUGCCCACCAUUCGGUGCCAGCCCAGCGGGCACUGGGAGGAGCCUCGGAUCACCUGCACAGACCCCUCUGCUUACAAGCGCCGACUACGGAGCUCCAGGUCCCCGAAAAGAAGCCGCCCCAGCUCCGCCCACUGAGAGAAGCGUCUGGGAUGUGCCCAGGACACUGAGCCCAGCAGCCUUGCCACGCUGACAGCGCAUUCCACACAGAUGGUGUCUUCUUCUAGUCGCUUUUUGUCAUAUAAGGAAUUCCAUUAAAGAAGGAAAAAUGAAAUCCCACAUUGUGUAUGCACCCACCCACCUACCCCCAAAUCGCCAGAAAUGCGUCUAAUUUUUUCCCCCCCAAAUACCAAAGCAAAAGCAAACUCAUGUAACCCAUGGACUGAGUUUAGAGACAAUUUCUUCAAUCUCCUGUUGUGCCUUUCCGGGGACCAGUGCAGGGACAGAGGGAGAGGGGAGGGGU